AUGGAGCUCAUCUAUUCUGGCGAGUCGGAUGAUGUAUCCGACUCGAAGGCGACACAUCACGCCUCCGGAUCACUUGGGACGGACACUGCAAGAGAUAGGUUGGCUGGCUCUGGUCAACGCGGCGGUAUCAUGUCCGAGAUCUUCGGAUCGAACGAUCGUUCCGACGAAUCCUCGCCUCACGCAAGUCCAUCCAACGAUAGGACGCGUGGGUAUGGUGGUGAUGCACCUAUACAUCACCACGAGCGGAGUAACUCAAGGGAUCGGGGUAACACUGGUGCCAGUGCUCAUGCUGGAACCACUCAAGAGGCCAGGGAACGAAAUGUCCUGCGCCACGCUCUUCAAGUGGAGUCUCCGUGGAUGCCGCUAUCCAAAGAGUUGGAUCGGUUGGACGGCAUAACUAACGAUCGGGAUCGAAUUCCGUUGUUCGACUGUAGGAGGAUCUGUCCUCCUGAUUCCAGCACGGGAACUAUCCGUGCUGAGGAAGAAUUCUUUACCAAUGCACCUUCAAACAUCGGUGGUACAACGGCAACCACGUUCGAGACAGUGAAGCCUUGGUGCAAGGAUGGAAUGCCUUCAUCCACAACAUCGAGUGCAUUGGCCGUGAGGCCUGGCUCGGUGAAGUUGAUGCAGCUCGCUUCAGGUUUAAGAAGCAUCACCCAGUCGGUGGAGGCCUCCCUCCCUAAUGAUCCCUACUGGAGGGCGCACAUCUCUUCUGAAAUUGCUGAAGGGAUUGACACUGUGCAGUCCCUGUACUCGCGUUUAGGGAGGUCGUUUUCCGACGGCCCUUCUUAUAGCGCAGCGGGUGGGUCUCGUCAAACAGCUCGACGAGACCAUGAACAUAAACAAUCCGCUGGGCACGAGGCUCCCAGCUGUCCCACGCCUGUGAAUGGCUACGCCAGCGGACGAGGUAACUCGUCCAGACGCCAUUCACAUCGCGGUGGUUCAAAAUACGCUCCACUAGAAAGCGUUCACCACCGCUUGAGUCCACCAAAGGAUGUGGCGGCGGCGGGAGCACCUGAUCCGGCUCUAGGGUUGGAUCAGCUUGAUGUUCAGGAGCUGAACCGUGUAGCGGAACAGUUGCAAGACGACCUGGAUCAUGAACGGACUCGGCGUUAUGAUCUUUAG